AUGGUAAAGGCACCCGCACUGUCGACCGCUUCCCAGCAGCAGCAGCAGAAGGCGCAGUGCCCGAAGGAGAUCAUCCAUCAGCCGCCCGGAGCAGGCGCCUUGACGGCGCAGACCGUGCUGAUCCAGCACCACCACACGCAGCAGCAGCAGCAGCACCAUCCGCACCACCACCUCCACCAUCACCACCAUCACCCGCAGCAGCCGCAGCAGCAUCCGCCGCCGCCGCAGCCACUAUUUAGCUACCCUCCACCGCUGGCGGCGGCCACCACAACGACGGCCUACUAUCCGCUCGCGGUGAAGAAGCACCGGCGGAUGCAGAUGGCCACCGAGCCACCGCCGGUGGGCAGUGGGCCCGGCAGCGGGAUCGUGGUCACGAAGACGGCCACGACGGCCGCCAUCGCGGUCGUGGCACCGACCGCCCGGAACGCACUGAGCACGUGCGCCACAACGGCCGCUGCCGUCGCCGUGGUGGGUGGUGGCACGGGCGGCGGAACCGCCAGUGGUCCGACGGCACCCCCCAUACUGACCCUCACACCGAGCAGCAGCGGCACGGCGGUGGUGGCGGCCGGUGGCAUGAAGCCUGCGCCGACGCUGCAACAUCAGCGCAUCCAGUCGCUGCACCACAUCCACCACCAUCACCACCACCAGCUGAUCAACGGGCUGCCGGGGCCACCGCCGGCCCAAAGCAUCCCGGUGGCGGCGGCGGCAGCGAAUGCCGCCGCCAGUGCCACCGCCGCCACGUGGCCGGCCACCGUCGUCGAGCCGGUGUUCCACUUCGGGCCCGGCUUCGAGCUGCAAACGCGCCCCUACUGUCCGGCCCAUCCGCCCUCGGAGCACGUGGUCCUGUUCCACGUCCGGCCCGGCGUGUCCGUCACCUUCCAGAUUGCCGGCAACCGCGAGACCGUGCGAGGUCCCGUAACGCUCCCGAUGGUGUCCCAGAAUGGCAAUCCACCGAUGGCGAUGCCGAUGCAGGUUCCCCACGGUCACAUGAUGCAGCAGAUAGUGGACGAAAAUGGGACGCUGCGGCACGUGAUCCUGUCCACCCAGCCGCAGCAGCUCGGCCAGGGCGGCGUCCAGCACCACCUUCAUCCGCCAUUCCUCAACGGAACGACGGCACCGUUUUAUAGUCCGAUUGCGAGCUUCCAGACCGGCCCGGGUGCUGGAGCGCCCCAGAUGUACCCGCCCCAGCUGCUGGCGGCCGGUGCCGGAGCGAACGGCGGCAGUGGUGGCGCGGGAGGCGGCGGAGCGGGCGGUGGAACGCACGUUCUGCACACACCACCCCAGGGCAACGUGACCCACUCGCCGUCGCCACCGCACACCAACACCAGCUACCAUAAGGACGAGCGGGCCCAGCGACAGUACUCGAAGCUGCACCGAAAGUUGGACCAGAAACGAAGCGAAUUAAAUGCAUCGUCAACGCCGCCCAUCAACUCGCCCCGGAAGCAUCCCGAGCAAAACGGAGGCAGCAUUCUGAGGAAGGCGCAGCACCCGUCGCACCACUUACUGCCUAAUCACGUGCACGUCGUGCACCGGAACGGCGCCGUGGCGCCCACACUGCUGGCGGCUGCCGCCGUUAAUGUGGCACCGUCGGAGGAAGAACUGGCCGCGAGCGCCCAGGACGAGGAGGAGGAAAGCCGGCAGGCGAUCAUUGUCGAUCACCUCAGCUCGGUACCGUGCCCGCAGGUCACGGAAAUCACGUCCCGGUCGGCCCUGUUCCAGUGGUCACCGCCGACGCCGUCGCUGCAACCUGGGUCCGGUGCUAACAAUGGGGUCACGGAACCGCUCCCGUUCAACGUGCAGGAUCUGCGCUACGAGGUGCUGCUGAGUGACCACGGCAAGGAGAACAAGUAUAAGAGCAUCUUCAAGGGCGAGUCCCUGUCGUGUAAGGUGCAAGAUCUGCGCCCGGGCCAGGAGUACACGGUCCGGCUGCAGGUGUACCUGGAGCAGCUGCACGGGCAGCCGACGGAGGCGACGGUGUUCGAGACGCCCGGCUGCGAGCCGGACGUGCCGGCGCCGCCGAAGUUGCUGGCCCGCACCAAGAACUCGCUGCAGCUGCGCUGGAACGCCGCGGUCGAUAACGGGUCCCACAUCAUCCACUACAUCCUCGAGUACGACAGCGGCAAGGGCAGCGGCGGGGCAGCGCUGCGUGCGCCCUGCUACGCGUACGACUUCGUGGAGGUGUGCAAGACGAAGGGCAAGCAGUUCACCAUCAACAAGCUGCUCCCGUCGACGUACUACGUGUUCCGGUUGUCGGCGGUGAACGAGUUCGGGCGCAGCGGGUUCUCGGAUCUGGUGAAGUACAGCACGGUCGGUAGUGCCCCGGCGCAGCCCGCGCCACCGACGCUGCGCCAGGCGACGGCCACCGCCCUGCGGCUUGCCUGGCAGCGCCGGUCGCAGUGCGAGGAGUACACGCUGCAGAUGAACGACGACCAGGGGUACGGCUACCGGAACGUGUACACCGGCGUGGACACGCUGUACGAGUGUGCCGGGUUGCGGCGCGCCUCCACAUUCCAGUUCCGGCUGCGGGCCGAAAACGACAACGGGCGGGGCCCGUGGAGCGAGGAGGUGGUGUUCCGCACGCUGCCCACGUGCCCGGGCCGACCGACGAAGCCGCAGGUGAAGGGCAAGGUGCACGCCAACAGCUUCAAGGUGCGGUGGGACGCCCCGCAGGACACGGGCGGGGCCGAUAUCAUGCUCUACCACCUGGAGAUCAGCUCCGGGGCGCUGUACGAGCGCGUGUACAGCGGCAAGGAGUCGGAAGCGAUGAUCGAACGCCUCAGCCCCGGCACGGCCUACCAGAUCCGGGUGCUGUGCGAGGGCCCGGGCGGCAUCAGCACGUUCUCCGAGCCGUGCCUGGUCACCACGGAACCGGUCACACCGUCGCAGCCGACGCGACCGUUCUGCAAGUCGCCGCCGACACCGUACGCCGCCUGUCUGGCCUGGGAGGAACCGGACUACAACGGGGGCACGCCGGUGCUCGAGUACGAGAUGGAACUCGAAGCGAACGGUGGCAAGGACGACGACGAGCAGAAGGUGCGCAGCUCGGUGUACCGCGGCAAGGAACUGUUCUGCGUCGCCAAGGAUCUGCAGCCGGGCGGCCAGUACGCGGUGCAGGUGCGGGCCAUCAACCGCAUCGGUGCCGGUCCGUGGUCGGAGGAGUUCCGGUUCAGUGCGGGCGCUACGGCGCCGGCUGCACCGUGCGAUCUCACGAUCGCGCUCAAGUCGCCAACGCAUUUAGCUGUGAUGUGGACCGAACCGCCCAACAAUGGAGCAGCGAUCGCCGAGUACAUUCUUCAAUCCAGUGCCGAUCCCGUGUCCGACGCCGAGUUCGAGGACACCAGUGCCGCCGUCGCCGCCCUCUUUCACACGGUGUACCGCGGGUUGAACCGCACCGCGGACGUGCGCAAUCUGCAACCGUUCGGGCGCUACCUCUUCCGGGUGGCUGCGGUGAACGCGGCCGGCAGCUCGCGCUUUUCGGUGCCAAUCGGUCAGCAGAUGCCUGCUGCACCACCGAACGCUCCCGCCAUCGGCGAGCAGAAGAUAACGGCCAAAAGCAUACUUAUUAGCUGGCAGACACCGCACGACCAUGGGUCGCCUGUCACGCAGUACCACAUCGAGUGCGGCGAUCGGCUGAUCACGACCGACGCGGCGAGCGCCAGCGAGGCCGCAGCCCACGCCGAUCGGCAGACGACGCAGGCGGAGGAGGAGGAGGACGAAGAGUACGACGCCUCCGCCGGUGCCGCCGCCGGUGACGAGGAAGACGAAGACUACGAGGAAGCGUCCGUCGGAAGCGCGGCGUCAUCGUGCGAUGAAGGAGUUGACGAGGAACCGCACGAACCGCUGCCCGUGGCGGGAUCGCGGCUGGGUCACCUGUCGGUGUCCGGUAGUCCGGCGCACUCCUCGAAAAGUGCCGGACAUAAAAGCAACUCCUCGCUAGCAAUGGCCACCGACCCGUCGGCGGCGGUGGCGCCGAACCGAAACAUGCUGCUGAUCGGUGAUCUGCACCCGGAGACGACGUACAAGCUGCGGAUACAGGCGGUGAACAGUAUCGGCACGGGGCCGUUUUCUAAUUUCAUCAAGUUCACCACCGCCCCACUGCCACCGAAGCCACCGAAGCUCGAGUGCGCCCAGGCCGGCUUCGCUCACCUGAAGCUGCGCUGGGGCGAAGGCAAAAACCUCGAUCUGGCGCGCUACUACGUCGAGAUGGAGAACAACCGGACGGGCGAGUUCCACAGUGUGUACACGGGCACCCGGACCACCUGCAAGGUGGCCAAGCUGCACGAGCUCACCGGCUACACGUUCCGCAUUUGCGUGGAAUCGCGCCACGCCGGCAAGGGCGACUUUUCCGAGGGCUUCACAUUCACCACGACGGCAGCCUCUCCGAACAGCAUCAAGGCACCGCGAGUGUGCGUGGACCCAGCGACGGCAGCGGCGGCCACCGCACCGCUGGACAUGCGCCACGGUUCGCUGACGGUCGAAUGGCAAACGAGCCGCAACAAUCCGUUCUCCGACCCGAUCGAGUACAUUCUGCAGAUGGCCAAAGCUAAGGACCAAGAUUUUCAUCAGGCCUAUCGCGGUCCCGAGUCGCGGUUUACCGUGCACAACCUUCAGUAUGGCGUCAGCUACGCGUUCAAGGUGUGUCCAGUGCGCGUCCGACAGAACGGUGACCACGUGAGCGGUCAAUUUUCGCCCGUUCUGCACCACCACCUAACGCCCGCCAGUGUCGGUGGCGGGCGGUCCGCUUCGGGUGCCCUCGGUGGAGUAGCUGGCAGUGGUCAGCAGCGAGGGGGCAACGGUGCCGACGAGGUCGACGGACGGACCAUGUUCCAGGGCAACGUGGUCAAUAGCCGCGGCGAGCUGAUACUAACCGGUAAGUCUUCUGCUGGCGGUUUGCUGGCGGGCAACCCGAACGGAUACGGCCCGGAGGUGGCCGGUCACCACGGCACGAAAGGUGGUGCCGGUGGUGGCAGUGCUGCGUCCUCGACCCUGCGCCAGCUGCAGCAGUUCUUCGAGCCCGACUCCAGCAAGGCGGUCGCCUUUGUGAUUGUGUUUUUCUUGCUGUCGAUCAUCGUGGCCGCUUUCCUCAAGUAGACCGGACGAGACGGUGACCCCAGUCACACAGACUGUUACCCACUGGAACGGCCGAGGCCGAGGGGAACGGAUGAUGAAUGAGCCAAGCCCAAUUGCCUGUUGUUAUCCGCGCUAAUCGCAAAGAGAAUCGUUUCAAUCGUGCAAAACUGUGCAAUCUGCCGAUAAAAGAUAGAGAGAAAGAGAGAAAGAAAGAAAGAGAGAGAAGAACGUACAAUGUUAUAAAAUAUAAAAUACACGAAAUACGAAUCAUGUGAUGUGUGCGCACCUAAAACACUUUACACUCUAUACGCGAUACCGAAGCGAAGACGGUCAUCAAGCCCCGGACCCCGAACUCCAACAACCCCAGCAAUGAUGCAACACGAGGACGAGUAUGAACUCCUAUUCCUGAUAAUAGACCAAUCUCUUAGAUAUUUGACCGACUGCUCGCUUGUAUCAUUAUCACCCGCCCAGCGUAUUAUCGCGUUAUCAAACGUAACUCCACUCCGUAACUCGUUGCUUGUGAGACGCGAAACAUAACAAAAAUCUCAGACUCUCAAAGAACAAACAAAAACGAAUGGCUUCCGUUCCGGUCGCAGCCCGUAAAAGCGAUAAAGCGCCUUCCUCGUAGCGGGAAUUUGUUACAUUUGCUAUAUUGUUUAUAUGUGGUGCUUGGUUUGUGGCUCUUGUGUUGGAGUUUCUGUUUUACUGGGGGGACAAACCGUGUGUACGGCGUUCAGCACCGUCGGCGGCACCGAUUGUGUGUUUAGUUCCAGUGAUUGUUGCAAGUCCCGCGCUACUUACCCACGCCCCAGAAUUAGCGCAGCGAUCCAAGCAUUUGCGUUUGAUGCGAAAACUAUAUUAAAGUAAAUUAUCCUACAUUUGCACAGUCUCUCUAUCGCUCUCUCUCUCUCUUUCUCUCUGUGGUGUAGUAGCUACUGAGGACUAUUUUCACAUUCUACCUGUAAUUCCUGUCUUUUUUGUGGUAUCUAUACGAAAAGAGAAAGUAAUGUGACAAAACAUAGAGGACACAUACUCUCAUCCACAUCUCUCCAACACGCAUAAGUAUUAUUAAUGGUCUUAAGCCCCCGGGGCGAGCGCGGCGCCCUCUCUUUCGCUACGAAAAAGGACACGCCUGACAGUAAAGUUCUAGUAACAGCACCGCAUCCCUAGAGAGAGAGAGACAGAGAGAAGGAGAGAGCCCCCGAAACACACACUCGUACCACAUAAUCUCUCCUAGUAGCGCAUAAGGACAAACAAAACAUAAUAACAAUGGCCACCACCCCUGUGUGCGGUCACUGUCGCCUCAACAGCAGCAGUAGCAAACAGCCGGAACAGUUUUAACAGGAGCGGACGGGGACACUAAAUAGUUUUCCACAACGAACGAACGACGAAUAGCGAAAUAUGCCAUCAUUUUUGUUUGUUUUUUUUUUUAUAAAUACAGAUACUAUAACGAUUAGAAGAUGAUAUGGCAUGAGAUAAAUGAUAAGGCGGUGGUAGGAGCGAGAGCGCGCCCAGGUUUGUUGGUGAUGACCGGUAAUGAACGCAUUCCAUUAACACAAAGUUAUACCUGUACCAUGUUUAACCACCCAAUUGCUUUACACUGAUGAUCGACUGACGAUCGACGUACGACGGGGUGUUGGAAUUCCAGUUUUUUGCGCACCGGAAAAAUGUACACAAAACAAACACACACAACCCACGAAGGAACCGUGACCCCCGUGAAAGUUAGAUAGAAUCAGGACCGAAACCCCCCCAAAAACUGGAAGAAAUUUGAGCGGAAACCUGUACUUAAGCUGACGUGUUCCGUUCUCGUUCCGAUGCGUCGCGCGAGUCUUCCGCAAACACACACCAACACACGACGACGAUGAAAGCCUUCCGGAUGAACUGCCCUUCGCUCUGCCGGUAGAAAGGACACUGAUCGAAGCGAUCGCGCGGUGCAAUAGUAGGUGGGCCUGUUUUGUGUGCCCCGAUGAGGUAUUUUUGUGAAAGCCUGUGAAGUGCAUUUUUUACGUUUUUAUUUAUAGCUUUCGUUGUGACAAUUUGUGCAAUUUAUUUAAAUUUAUUUCUUAGAUAAUUUCCCGUUCCGGCAACGGACACAACCACACACAUGGUCUGUGUGCACUACGAGCUACGUCAGUGCGUAUUAGUCUCUAGUAUUUCGCGUGUUCGCGAUCGAUUGCGGAUCCGGACACGCGCACGGGUUUUCAUAUACUUUCCUGCCUUGUUCACGUGCACGUGGUUUUUGGUAAUUCGGGUUGGUUUAUCGAUGCAAUAUUUGUUUUUGUUUUUUUACUAUUCUCCCGAAU